CUAGAACACAGAAAAAUGGUCGGAUCAAAAAUGACUCCUAAACUAUCUUUCCAACUGCUCUGCUUGGGAAUUAUAUGCACUAUUGCAUUGGCAUUAGAUCCAAAAUGCAAUGAAACUGUGAAUGACGGUACUGGACAUGAGAAGAUCGUGAAAUUUUACUACAACCCACAGUUAGGAUUUUGCAGUCCUUUCUUCUACACUGGAGAGGGUGGGAAUGCCAAUAGGUUCGAUUCGGACCAUGAUUGCAUGGUGUCAUGUUCACCGAAGUAUCAAGAGUUCUACCCAGAAGGAGAUGUAGUGUGCACGUUAAAAAUGGACCCAGGCACCUGUUUUGCCUCGAUUGUCAUGUACUACUAUGACACCACGGAGAAAAACUGCCGGAUGUUCCUUUACAGAGGUUGCCAAGGGAACGGGAACCGUUUUGAAUCCAGAGAAGAUUGUCAAACUAGGUGUCGAGCAAGGUCUGGAAGAAUGCUGGAUGCAGACUCUCCUAACCCUGAUCAGCAAACAGUCGACGUGGGGUUGAUCGUUGGAGUACUUGGGGGCAUUAUAUUUGCAGUGGCAGUGAUCUCUGCUGUUGCUAUGCUGGUCCAGAGUAGGAAGACAAAACGAGCAGGCAUGAAGAAAGUGUCAGCAAGUGAAGUUGAGAUGACCUAAAGGAAAACAAGGGCCAAUCUUUGUCCUCAAUCGUAUGCCCUAGUCUUCUGUGUGAUACAAGUUGUUUUGUUUUGUUAUUAUUUCUGCAUAACAGCAGUCUGGACAGUUUUUUCACUGAUCUAGAAGAAUCUGUCUCUUAAGAUAUCAUGUGGUUUGAUUAUCUGAUAAGCAUGUGACUUGUGCUGAUGUUUGGUUAGUGUUUAUUGGUGUAAAACUGCUACUAGAACGUCAUACUGGUGCACCUCUUUUAUAGCUAAAACACAAUAAUUGUUCAAAGUCUAUUAUUUUAUUUUUGAAUGUGCUGUAUUGAUAUUGGUUUCCGAAAAGCAUGAAAAAUAAGGUGAUGAAGGAGGUUUUGAAAAUAUCUUGAAAACUUUUUUAAACAAUAAGGAUAGCUGCCAUGUGAUAAUACAUGGCUUUUUUUCAGAACAGGAAGCUAGAAGGCCUUUAAACAUUAAAUCAUUUUAGCAAAAAUAAUUGACAAAAACGAAAAAUAACAGUGGCCAUCCUUGUAAAUAUUAUUAUGUAGCUGAUAUAUUGAUUUUUGGGUUUUUAUAUGAUGUAACAGCUUUCAUUCUGUUUUGUUUAUCACCUAUA